AAGAGGAGUUUCCAAGCAAGCAUAGCAUAGGAGCUUUAGAGCCUUCAUAGGCCCACUGGGGCCGUUUCUAGGAAGAAAGAAGCAAGACUGGACAGACACAGAAGGCUUGCUGAUUUCCAUAAGGACACAGGAGGCAUGGAGCUUGUUCAGAAGAAUGACUAUCAAGACGUUUCCAGCUGGAUUCCAGUACCUGUUUCCAGAGAGGUCUAUCAUAGCAUCUUAAUUUGAAUGAACAGGAAGCCAUUUGAAAAGGUACCCUACUCUUCGGAGGAGUAAUUUCUGUCCUCAGGACACUUGCACCGCUGCAGCCCGUGAAGAGCUUCUUCUGUUUGAUGUGUUCAUAAGGACACCUGCAAUGCCUUCACCAUGGAAAAAGGGGCAGAAACUGGAUUCAUUUCUCCAGGUGGGAAUAUGCAGACUGUCUCCUCUCUCAUCACCCUUGUGUUUGGAGGUAUCCAAGGGCAAGCACUUGUCCUCUGCAGCUCAUGCUCCCUGUAGACUCGAGGGACAAGCAGCUAAUCAAUUAACAGCCUCCCAAGACAAAGAAUACCACAUGAGAAGUGUUUCCCAACGAAACAUAAGCUGUUUUUCUCCCACUCAAAGCAUCCCCUGGAAUAGUUGGAUCAAUUCUGUGCACUGGGAGACCUUUGUCUUAUUUGAAUCAACAUGGAAAGGAAUCUUAAGAAUGUUUUGGUCAUUUCUUUUGGAUUUUUACUUCUCUUCACUGCUUAUGGAGGGCUCCAGAGUCUACAGAGCAGUCUCAACUCUGAGGAAGGCCUGGGCGUUGCUUCCCUAAGCGUUCUCUAUGCUGCUCUUAUCGUCUCAUCCAUGUUUCUCCCUCCAAUUCUCAUCAAGAAGCUGGGCUGCAAGUGGACCAUUGCAGGCUCCAUGUGCUGCUACAUUGCCUUCUCCCUGGGGAACUUCUAUGCUAGCUGGUACUCACUAAUCCCUACCUCUGUGAUCCUGGGCUUAGGAGGAGCACCACUCUGGUCUGCCAAAUGCACUUACCUCACCAUUGCUGGCAAUUCAUAUGCUGAGAAAGCAGGAAAAAUUGGGAAAGACAUUAUCAACCAAUACUUUGGGGUCUUCUUUCUGAUAUUUCAGUCCUCUGGAAUCUGGGGAAAUCUUAUUUCAUCCCUGAUACUUAGCCAAUCUUCUAACAAAGUGGAAAUCUCAGAAGACCACCUGGCAUGCUGCGGGGCGUAUGAUUGUGAGAGCACUACCACUAACACCACUGCCUUGGCAGAACCCUCUAAGUCCUUGGUCUACACUCUGCUAGGGGUCUACACUGCUAGUGGUGUGCUAGCUGUGUUGCUGAUUAUUAUAUUUCUGGACCAGAUCAAAUCUGAGCAAGCAGAGGCUGAGAAAGAAAUACAAAAGACACCAUCCUUUUGGUCUACGUUCCUAGCAACUUUCCAGCAGCUUAAAGAUAAAAGGCAGUGUCUUCUAAUCCCUCUGACAAUGUACAGUGGGCUUGAACAGGGAUUUCUUGCUGGUGACUACACAAAGACUUAUGUGACCUGUGCCCUGGGGAUUCAUUAUGUUGGUUACGUGAUGAUCUGCUUUUCAGCUGUGAAUUCCCUUUGUUCUCUGCUCUUUGGAAAGAUCUCUCAGUUCACUGGUAGAAAAUUUCUAUUUGCAUUAGCCACAGCUACGAACACUGCCUGUAUAAUAGCACUACUGCUGUGGAAACCUCAUUCUAACCAGCUUGUCGUGUUCUUCAUAAUCCCUGCUCUUUGGGGCUUAUCGGAUGCCAUUUGGCAGACACAAACUAAUGGACUUUAUGGUGUUUUAUUUGAGAAACACACAGAGGCUGCGUUUGCAAAUUACCGUCUCUGGGAAUCAUGUGGAUUCGUCAUUGCCUUUGGUUACAGCACCACACUGCGAGUCUACAUCAAGUUGUACAUUUUACUGGCUGUGCUUACGUUGUCUAUGGUGACAUAUGGAAUGGCUGAGUACCUGGAAGCUAAGAGAUCCUCUGGGACACCUGCUACUACAGAAAAAGAAAAUAAGGGACCUCACACCCAGGAAACACAUAUCUAACCCAUUUGGG